GAAUGGAACUUAACUAUAAGAAGAUAACUAAAAUCGUAAACUGACCAAUUUAAGUAAUACAAAAGAAUCAUAGAAAAAAUAUAGAAUUAAUUGGACAGACCCAAUUAAUUUUUAUCUGUUAUAUCUUUCUUGUAUCAAAAUAUAAAUAAAUGUUUUUGAUCUGCUAUCCAUUUGGGUUGUCGUUGAAUCAUGUAAUAUUUUUGUGUCAACAAAACUAAACAAAAUCUUGGCUAUUUUUUUCGAGUUAGUAUGCACAAUUAUAAAAAGAGUAAAUUUUAGUAUGGAUUAUUUUUUCAGAUUACUAGGAAUAUCGAAAAAUGUUAAGGAAAGACGAGUGAAACCUAUUUAAUUCAUAAUGGACUCGUCAGACGACGACUGUGAGAGCGAUCUGUUUGUCGGACCUGAGGCUCCGAUGGUUUUUUUUAUGCAAGCCUCGGGAGCAGUGAGGCAGAAGGUGAAGACUAUGGUAGAAAAUAAUGGAGGAAUUUUAACUGAUACUCUUCACAUGGAUCACAGGGAACACAUGAUUCGACUUACAGCCCCCGGAGAGACUACAAUGAAAAGGGAAAUGGAUUCUUUUGAUUGUAAAUACAUACAGGACUGUGUUACAAAGAAGAAGAUAUUACCAUACCUGAUAGUUUACAGAGUAAACAGGAACUCUAUCUUCCAAGAUUAUGAUCCUAUCUCCGUCCUAACCAGAGAAAUUAAAUGGUCCGAUGUCCCCCGACGUAUUGAAGGAGAACAAGUUUCCGAUUUAGAAUUUGAUUCUAUUGAUAAUGAGUACAGGGCUUUUAAAUCAAGAAUGCCCUUCACACAUAAAGAACAGUUGAAGAUUAUCCGGGAGGUACAAAGAAGGAAAGCUUACAACAUUGUUAAAGGAAAUGUACUCUGGAAGCGGAUGGAGGCGGCGAAAUUUGACGAAGGAGGAAGGACCUGGCAGUCCCUCAGAAACCAUUUUAUUAAAACCAUCCUACCUGGAAUACGAAGUUUUGGAUUAUCAGAGGAGGAAGUACGGAAGUUUCUUCAUCCCAGUUCAAAGGACGCCAGGAGUUUCUCUGAGUCUGAGUCUGAGUCUGAUAAAGAUAUAUUUGAAGAAGAUGAAGAUGUUCCUCCGAUACCCAAGGAAUCUGACUACGAGGAAGAAACCAGUUCAACCUCUGAAUCUCCGGUGAAAAAGCCAGGUUCAGCGGUAUCAAGUCAUGAGCAAGAAUUUCCAGUCUCUGAUGAGAACAGAAAUCUUUCUCAAACCUCUGUGGCUGGGCUUGCCUCAGAGAUUCCGCACAGAUCAGAAAUCCCGGAGAGUACACGAACUGAACCCAGAACUGUCAACCCUGAGCCUGGUCCAGAGGGUCACGCAGAGAAUACAGGAACUGAACCCAGAACUGUCAACCCUGAGCCUGGUCCAGAGGGUCACGCAGAGAAUACAGGAACUGAACUCAGAACUGUCAACCCUGAACCUGGUCUAGAGGGUCACGCAAAGAAUAAGAUAAAUGAUAAAACCGACGAGUUCUACAAAACUGCAGUAGAGUCUGAUAUUGACUCCGUAUUAUACCAGGAGAACGAGAUUCUCAGAGAGUCGAGGACGAAUUUAAAGAAAAGAAACUUUAUGGAUGUGGGAGACGAUCCUGAGCUAGAGCAGUUGAUGAAUGAAACUCGCAUCCCAGAAGAAUUGAUCGGAUUUAAUUCGGUCAGUGAUGCCGGCGGUUCAAGGUUAAAGAAGAAAAGGAGGCUUUACAGUAAAAAUAAUUCUUAUCUCUCCGAUUGCGUGGAUGACAGAACUCUGUCUGUUCCUUCUCCGGUGAGACGCGGAAAUCAUUCUAUCCCGGAGGAACCGGAGAUAGAUACACCCUCGUCAGCUGAGUUUGCUGCUGGAUUAAGUGAAGCUACUGGAGAGGGGUUGGAAGGAGAAAGUCAACCUGUUAUCUUUGAAGGAUUGACAAGUACACAGAAAUUGUUUUCCGAUUCUCCUGAUGUCAACCAAAGAUCAGGUUUGGGUACAGCUCUUGCCGUUGAAGGAAGUUGUAAUCCUGAAGAGCUUCAACUUUUUCUUGAAGAUUCUAGUGAACUUCAGCUGGACAUCGGAGAUAACCAGCUUAUGAUAGAUGAGGAGGAUAAAGAACUAUCUGAAAAGACCGUUCAAGAGCUAAGGGAGUUGGAAGAGGAGGAUUACCGAACCUUGAUGCCGGAGAGUCCAUACCUUCUGGCUCCAGAGGAUACGGUUGACAAUAAUCAACAUGGAAAUAAUAUUUCCCCCGUAUUUUCAACACAAAUAUUGUCUCAACCUCAUAUGGAUCAUAUUCCAGUAAUUCACGACGCUUCUGUAUCUUCCGGCUUGGAAACCAUGGUCGAUAAUCCUGUUCUAGUAAGCGAGAAUGAUGCUGGAGGGUUCGAGGUUGAAGUUGGAGCUGUAGGAUCGGAUAGUGUUCUUGCCAGUAAUACAGUUGAUAUUCAUACAGUUACUGAUGGGGUCUGUGAGUUAACUCCCCGCUUGAGAAAUAUUAGAAAUAUUUCAAAAGAUUUGAACAGGAUAGCCGAGGGCGAUGAGAGAAGAUCAUUUGACGUAAAUAGAAUAGGUAAGAAUGUCCUAGUUCAAAGAUAUAACGAAGAUGGUGAAAUAACGGAAGGUAGAGAGCUUAAAGAAGCUGGGCAAGAUGAUAGAAUUGAAGACCGGGAUUCUGGAAAAACUAACCAGAUGAAUGAUGUUCCUGACAACGCAAACGAUGAAAUCCACGAUCAUCUUAUACUGAAUAAAUCUGGAAACCUUCCUGCUGAAAAUCCGGUAAAUACGAUUGAAAAUUUAGAAGGGCUAAUACCGGAGCAUAGAGCAGAUACCUCUAGAGUUAUUAUCAGUCCAGAAAACGAGGUUUCAGAAGCAGAAAGUCAAGAUUCAGAUGUUUCAAGGAGAGUUCGGAACCCUACAAGGUUUCAAAACAACGCUAAUAAGCCGGUAGUAAGAGGCAAAUCCAAGAAUAUAGCUGUUUACGUGCCGGAGGGCCUGCCCAGUGAUGUCGACAGCAGUUCAGAUAUUAAACAAGUUAUCAGUGUUAAAAUGGGGCGCGUGGUCAAACAAAAACAUCCCAGAUUUGGGAAAAAUAAAAGAACUGAUCGUGAGAUAUUUGAUCGAAGAUCCCCGAAUACUGCUUGCUGUAAGAGAAUAAACUCUGCCAACGGAUACCCAAGGUUCUACAAAUACAUAAGGCGGAGGAGUAGUGUUCUUUCUAGUUCCCAAGACGAUAUCUCUCCGACGGAGAAAGAGGAAACCUGGUCUUCAGGUAGUUCUGACGAGGAUAUAUUGAGACGUAGAAAACUUGGAAAAUAUUCCAAGAAGUUUGCUCCGUCCGCACGGGAGGGCUCGAGGGAACUGGAAUAUAAUGAUACAUUAAACAGUUCCAUGGAAUCAUUAGAGGAGGAUCAGAGAAACCGGCGGGGAGGGAAGAGACCAGUUCUAAAACAAAACAAUACGAAGGACCAAAGAAAUUAUUCUCCUGAACCUCAGCCAGGACCUAGUCGUCUCGGAGAUAUUGAACCAGGAUCUAGCCAGUCAAGAAAUCCUUCUCCUGAACAAAGGAGUCUUGGAGAUGUUGAACCCGGGCGGAGCAGUCCCGGAGACAUAGAAUCGGGUCGAAACCGUCUCAACGAUCCUGAGCCUCGACUCAGUCGCCCCUUAAAUGCCGAACCUGCCCGAAACGGUCUAAAAGACCAGACUAGGAUUAACCAGAAAGAACCGACAUCUGGUAAAAAUAAGGAUGGAUCCCGGAAAGGAGCGAAGGCUAAGCUGAUAAUUAUUGGGAAGGAAAAUGCAGCUCCGUUAAGAAAAGCUAAUUUCCGUGAUCCCUACACCAUAGCAGAGCAGAAGAGUAUUGUUCAAUACCUAGAGCUAAACGGAGGAUUCUCUAGAAUAAAAGGAACUGUUCUUUGGAAGAACAUGGUUGAAGACGAAGUUGCUCCGGGUAGAACCUGGCAGUCCAUAAAACAGAGGUUCUUGACGCAUAUACUGGACAGUCUAGGAGCCAAGGUUAAAGAACGAUUACGGAAAGCUGACCGGACGAGCAAUGAAGCCGCAGAGAAGAAUCAGGAGAAGGAUGAAGAGGAUGAGGAUGAUGAGGAUGAUGAGGAUAAUAACGACAAAGAAAAGACGAAAAAGAAAACCAAAAAAGUGAAACGUCUUUACACUAAGAGUGAGGAUAAAAAGAUAUUAGCGUAUAUAUCUGAAAACAAAAGAUAUGAAGAUACUGGUGGGAACGCUAUGUGGAUUGCUAUGGCGGAGAAGAAAAUUGUUAAUAGGUCUUGGGAAAGUAUGAAAGAGAGAUUUAAAAAGGUUUUAUCCCACAAUCUUGAAAAGUAUGAUCUGGACGAGGAAACCCUUCAAAGGUUUAAAGCAGGACCCGCAGGCAAGGUUCUGCAGAGGAGACACAAGAAAUAACAAGAUUUUCUCAAUCAGAAAACUAAUUCAGAUGACAAAUAUAAAACUUAGAUUUAUGUAUAUUUUCUCUCAAAUUCUAUUUUCAGA